UCGGAUGUGGAUGCGAGAAAAAAAAAAAAGGCCAGCAACAAUGUGACAGACAACAGAGCCGCUGCGCUCCGAGUCCGAGUGCUGCUGCUGCUGCUGGAAACCUCCACAGAGGAGCGGGUCUCUGACCGAGCCGAGCCGAGCCGAGCCGAGCCGAGCCGAGCCGCGCAGCACAGCCGACUGGCGCGCGAUGCCGGGGCGGACCGCAGCAUCCAGCGGGGCGCGAGCGGCGCUGUAGGGUCCAGCUUGCCGGUGGCAGACUCAUGGGCAGGAGGCGAUAGGAGCUUCGGUCCAGGUGAGGCUCGGCGCUGACUCCGGACCCCGGCUGAGCGCCGGGCCAUGAAGUCCAGCAUGAGGCAGUGGCGGCGGCUGAUGCUGGCGGGGAUGCUGGCCUGGGUGCUGCUCUUCCUCGCCCUGCUGUCCUACUUCCUGGAGGCGCGAGUGGACGAGCCGCUGACGUCGGCCGGCUCGCUGCUGUCCCAGCACCCCGACACGCGGCGCCUCACCUCCAUCCAGGCCUCGCACCCGCAGCACGCCCGGCCCGACCGCGCCACGCCGCUGACCACCGCCCGUCCCGGACGCAAGCCGAAGCCAGAACCUUCCGCCGGGUCGGCGGUCCCGGACGCCAGCCGGGAGGCGAGCCGCGGCCCCGACGGCGCCCCCUACGCCGUCUACGGCAGCCAGGAAGGCGCCCGGCAGGACUACCUGGACCCGCAGAGCCUGGCCGCCUGGUCCUCCUUCGGGACCGAGAACGUGGGCUCCCACUCCGACCCGUCGGUCCAGAGCCGCGAGAGGAGGGGCCGAGCCGGCACCACGCCACGCCGCGGCGGCGAGGAGGAGGAGGAGGAAGAGGAGGAGGAAGACGAGGAGACGGGGAACAGAAUGAGGACUACGGCCGAGCAGAGGGCCGGCGCCGACUCGUCCGACCUGGAGGAGUACUACUUCUCCAAGUCGGCCUCCGUGGUGCAGCGGCUGUGGAGGGGCCGGGCGUCCGCCGACAUGCUGAGCCCCCGGCUGCAGCGCGCCAUGAAGGACUACGUCGCCGCCAACAAGCACCACGUGUCCUACGCCGGGCGGCGCCGGCCGGCCCGGAGCGCCAAGGAGCUGCUGUGCCAGAUGAAGGCCCAGGCCCGGCUCCGCACGGUGGACGGCUCGGAGCAGCCCUUCUCCGGCCUGGGCUGGGCCCGCCUGGUGCCGGCCCGGGCCCUGGACCGGCCCGACCUCGGCCGCUUCAAGACCUGCGCCGUGGUCACCUCCGCCGGCGCCAUCCUGCGCUCCGGACUGGGCAAAGAGAUCGACUCCCACGAUGCAGUUUUACGCUUCAACUCGGCGCCGACGGAGGGAUACGAGCGAGACGUGGGCAACAAGACCACCAUCCGCAUCAUGAACUCGCAGAUUUUGGCCAAUCCCACGUAUCGAUUCAACACCAGCUCCAUCUAUAAGAACGUGACCCUGGUGGCCUGGGAUCCCGCGCCCUACACCCUGAACCUGCUCAAGUGGUACGAGAGUCCCGACUACAACCUGUUCGGUCCGUACGUGGAGCACCGCCGGCGGAACCCCGACCAGCCCUUCUACAUCCUCCACCCCGGCUACGUGUGGCGCCUGUGGGACGUGAUUCAGGGCAACACUCAGGAGAGCAUCCAGCCCAACCCGCCCUCGUCUGGAUUCAUAGGUAUCAUGGUGAUGAUGGCGCUGUGCGAGCAGGUGCACGUGUACGAGUACAUCCCCUCCAUGAGGCAGACGGACCUGUGCCACUACCACGAGCGCUACUACGACGCCGCCUGCACCCUGGGCGCCUACCACCCCCUGCUGUUCGAGAAGAGCCUGGUCCAGCGGAUCAACACGGGCCCCGAGAGCGACCUCCGCAGGAAGGGCCGCGUCACGCUGCCCGGCUUCAGCGCCGUCGACUGCGACGUCUGAGAUAUGAGGGCUGACCCUCUGAGCCGCCCCGGCGCAGACCGACGCUCUGGCCUUUCCUGGCUGACCACGGGAGAGAUGCAAUAAAGCCGCGGCGGGCGAGGAGGCCGGAGCUUACGAGUUUGAAAUUAGAUCCACCAAGAGCAUAAGCCAUAGCCCUCCAGGGAGGGAUCAGCGCCGAGGUUUCCGACAGACCUGGUCUUCAAUAAAGAAGGUUUACUUGAGCAGAGACGGAGAGGAGUUCUCUGAGAUGAAGCUGACUUUGGGACAUUUUUCUGCUUUAGCUGAGCCGCGUUAGCUGUGGAGCUGACUAGCGUAGCAACUCCAGGUAGACAAGUGAAUUUUUGAAAUACCGGGUGUGUUUUGACUCAGUAAAUCUCCGUUUUGCAGUAGUAGGAGUGGUUUUCCACUGUUUAUAAUGGUGGGGGGGGGAGGGGGGUCUUUCUUGUUUGUUUUGUUUUGUUUUUUUUACAUUUCUACUUACUGGUCCAAAGGGUUGUUGUGAAUAAAUAAGUCAUCCAUGCUGAAUGUCUCAAUAUAGUCACACAAUCACACGAAGCGGGAGGACCUGACAGAGUGCGGCGGUCACGGCGUCCAGACGCCGCCGCGUAUCGUCCUGUGAAAUCAGACGCCGUGUCUCGUGUCGUCCUGAGGGAUUAGUUCCACUACUGAAUACUGAACGACUGUGCGGACGACCGCCGGUCGGGGCGGAGGGGGCCGAGGCGGGAUGUGCGGAACAGCCAGGUGCUCGGAGCAGCCGUAACCCUGUGCCUCCCCUCGGGUUGCCUUGUCGACUCCUCACGCACAUGCAGUACAUGUGGCGGCGGAGCAGCUGAUGCACAUCAGGGGAUCGUCAGCCUGCUCAGUGAUCACCAGCCCCCUGGUCCCCCCCCCCCCCACUUUCCUAGUUUCUGAUGGUCGGUUAACGAUUGAAUGUAUUCUCACCGUUGCGUGUUGCGCUGUGGUUCGCUCAUGUACAGCAUAUUGCAGGGUUUCUUUCUUUUUUUGUUCUUUUCUUUUGCCUUCAUGAAGUAGAUUCCCUACAUCUAUAAGUGUCUCAUACUUUCUGAAGCCUCUCAUAUGAGUUUGAAGCGGUCCUGCAGCUCGGCAGUGUAGACGACGAUGAGAGAGGGAUUCAGACGGCGAUAUCCUGGGCUCUGCUCGUCUCCAGGCGGGAUGAUUGUGUGUUUACAGUGAGCCUGUGCCAUAGCUGCAGAAAGCUCCGGAGGCAUUCAGUCAGUGUGAACAACAUGGGCAGGUUGUCAUUUCCCCCAUGCAGUCAGGGGGGGAGCAAUCGCUCAUUGUGCUCUUCUAUAAAAUGUGCUCGUGCCAUUGGUGGUGGUUUGGUAAUGAUGCGGGAGGCAUCGCGGAGCCGUUUGAAGGCUCUGCAGGAGUCGUGCGGUAGGAUGCGGGUGAUUCUGGGGGUUGACUGCGGCUGGGUAUCAGAAGAAAUCUGCAAAUCCAAACACUGUGAAAACUCCGGUUUCUCCAUUGGUGCACGUCCUGCUUGUGUUUUAUGUUAAAGUGUCGAAACCACUGUAAAGCUGAAUUUCGGUUGAGAAAAUGUCUCUGAGCACGAUUAAAACAGAUGACAUGACUAAUUCAAUGAAUUACUUGCACGACAAAGGUGCUUCAUCACAUUGAUGUGAUCUUCCCUUUAUUGCCCCCCAAAGCAUUUUCCACAGUGAGAUAUGACAACGCUCUACUGGCGAUGAUGGGAGUGAAUCACUGGAAACGCUUGACGAAUGGUCUCGUGUUAAUUGGAAGCUUGUCUGACGCCGCCCUGCUUGAUGUUUCCUGUCACUCAGUGCUCGCCUACGUUUUUGCUCCGCAUAUUGAUUAAAAAUAAAAAAAUGCAGAGGUUUGAUACCCGGCCCCAGCAACGCAAUAAAUUCUGACCCCAGGAAAGUCAGCAGAAGACUGCACCCGAGACUUUAGGUGUUUAAGAAGCUUGAGGAGAUUUCCGUGUGUGUGUGAAUCAUGCGGUUUUUCGGCCGUGCCGUCGGUGGUCGUGUGUUUUCGUGGUUGUGAUUGUAGCACACGAAGGUGCGAACGCCGGGACACCGUCUCUACUUGUACAUUUCUAACAACCUUCAGUUUCCCAUGCAAAUCAGGAUCAGGGCUAGUACUUAGUCUGUGUGUGCGUGCUGUGCGGCGCCGCCGCCUGAAAGCGUCGUGGUUUAUACUGCAGGCGGACGCGGUGCAGCUGGAGUUCCUUUAAGAAGUGGUGUUUUCCAGAGUUCACUGCAUGCCGAUGAAUCACGUCCAGCACUGCUGCAGCUAUCAGCACUUUAUCCAGUGCAACGCCUUCUGGCAACUUCAUCUCUGCGUCUUGCUAUUGUGCCAAUUUCCAUCUUUAAUUGCGUCCCAGUUGUGCGGGUUAAUUGCGGGACGAGGAGUCAGAGCGGCGGCGGAACUUCUGAUGCUGAAGGUCAAAUUUAAUUACAUUUCCUCCACUUUUUAGGGGACUGCUUUGUUGCCAGUAUUAAUUAGAAGACGUUGUUCUGAAAGUUGACAUUAGCCCUGAUGUUAAUGUAGUGAAAUGAGGAAACAUGUUUGGUCAUUAACUCUUGCCCCUCUCAGCCGGGCUCUCGAGCGCCUUCCUCCGGAGGCCUGUUUUUUUAUGUCCUGCUUUCAUUCAGGGUUGUGGGAACGUUUCUCCACCGCACUGCCUCUGAAGGAUUGUUAAACAUUGAGUCUUUUUUCCGAUGUGACCAUCCUGCGUUUUCCGGCAGUCUUCUAUUUGGGGGGGGGGGGAGAGAAAAAGAGACGUUUGUGUUUGAGGGUGAAUUUUGUCUCUCACUCCUAGCAGCCUUAGGGUGUUGUUGAUUUCUACUUUUCGGUGAAUUCUCUUCUAAUUACACUUGAAUGGGUGUUUAAAUAGAGCAUUUGUAUGAUUUCAGUUGUUGUAACUUGUCCUUUUUUUACAGUGUAAAUAAAGCAGUUGUAUAUGU